CCUUCAUUAGUCACUCACUGUGUACACCUCAUUACACAAAGGAGUAUUGUUAAUACAUUUUUGAAACUGUUGUUCUGGCUUCUUUAGUUAAACAGACUCACCAAUCAGAAUGGGGGAUGUUGCAGAUAUGGAGCUCCUUGUAAGAGGAGACCAAGAGAUGAAGGAAAGAUCGCCUCAGAAGGAAGAGUUUCAAGAUUUAACUUUUAAGAAAGAAACAGUCGGGAACAGAAAGGGAUCUGGGAAAACGAAACUCGACCGAGCGUAUAAAUGGAUACUUCCUCUGAUGGUGUUGGCUGGCCUAGCAAUCAUUGCCGUCACGGUCAUUCGGGUCUACAAACCUUCAACGUCAUCUCGCAUAGGAGUGAAACCAGGUUCUUUACCUGUCGACAGAGGACAUCCAAAGUUCCCGAAUUUCAACAGGACGCGUCCGGUUGGCUUCCAGGUUCAUACAGCAGAGGCCGACUCACUAGAGCCUUGGCUUCACAUCAGAUUGCCGGGAGACAUCCAACCUGUGCUCUACAACAUCUCUUUCUUCCCGGAUUUUUAUGAUGAGAGAGGCCAAUUCUUUGGUAACCAAACUUUAGAGGUAAACACAGACUGUACUCUGCAAGAUGAUGCUCUUUAAAAAUGAGCUACUGAAAAAAUAAAAUCCACGCUAUUCAGCCUAGAAAGGUGUUUUUAAAAUUCCUAGAACAACUGUUGCUCCUUCUUUGUCCAUAAAAGAUGCAUGACCUACAUAAAAUAGCGGGCCCAUUCCUGGAAUAGAAAUCGAGAUAUUUGCAGUUGAAGGAGGUGGGGGUCGCCUCGUGGCAGCAGUAAAAUUACCGAGAAAAUGGUCGCCAAAGUUGGAUAACUUCCAAAGCUUGAGUCUUUGAAAGCUGCAAGUUUGCAUUUUGUGUACCUUUAAUAAACGUGCUUUUUUAAAAAGUAAACUUUAAACAUCAAUGGGUUUUUUAAUGGACAUAAAAGGUGUAGAACCAAAAAUAGAACAUUCGAAAUAAAUUGAUAAAUUCCCAGUAAAAUGCCACUUUCUUUGAUGUCAUUAUUUUGACGAGCACCUGAUUUCACCACAAUGCCUGACAAUUUAUCGACUAUUUCAGCUGAUGGUAGUGAAAAGUACGAGAGUGCUAGUACUUCAUGCUGACGGGCUGAAUAUCACGGACGUGUCUCUCACUGAUUCACAAUCAGGCAAAGACAUUGCUAUCAACGACACAUUUUACCACACACCGUUCAAUUACUUCGUCGUGCGCACCGUUGACCCCGUGCCCAAGGACGCGGGUUUGAAGCUCUACACAAGUUUCCAGGGCUCCAUGCUCUCGGGGCUUAACGGACUCUAUAAAAGUAGCUACUUUGACACGGUGGCCAAGGAGACAAGGUUGAGUUGAUGCUUCUUUGUUUUUCAGCACUUUUUAAUCAGUUGUUUUAGACAAGCAAUUUCCAGAAAAUUCAAUAUAAAUCAGGUUUACCGUAAACACGCUUGGUAAGAUGGUAAAAGUAAAUUAUUUCUGCCCUCCCCCCCCCUCGCCUCUUUUAAUCAUUAAAAGCGUUUAGCAAGCACUACAUCAUGGCGACCCAA